CAAAAUCAAAAUCUCAAGUCCUAAAAUGGCGUCAAUAAUCGCUAAAGUUGGAAUCUUCAACAAUUUCAAGUGAAAAGUGAAUAUUUAUCGCUCUUGUAUGUAGUUUUUACAAUUUUUCAAUGUCUAUUGUUUUGCUUGAAUAAUAAUUUUAUUUUUGUCGUAAUUUCCUUAUCAGCUUUGUGAUUGACGAAGGCGUAACGUCUGGUUUUCUAACCUUUUUCACUGCAAGCUUGUGCAUGGCGUAAUAUGGCUUCUAGUUGAAUAAUUUUGGAAAAAAUGGAUACUGUAAAGGAAAAGAUGGGUCCGCUCUCUACAAAACAUGACAAUGAUCAAUCCUGUGACCCAGGAUCACCUCUGGACAAGAAAAACUCAGGAAAUAUUUUCUAUGCUAUCUAUAUACCCGAACCAAAUAAAGCCGAUAAGUAUCAAACGAAGAUCUUCCACGACAAGUUGGAAGCCCUGACCCUGGUGAAGAGCGACAAGCGCGCCAGAUUCAAAGUGUGCUCGACUCUAGCCGAGGCGAUGACAUUCUCCAAAGAUGGCGGCGGCGGUGGCGGCCAUGGUGUGACGUCACAGCAGCAGUCGUCGUCUCUGUCGGUCGAGAAGUCGGCGUUCAGCGGACCCAAGUCCACCGAUCUUGUGCGCAUGCGCAAGGCUAUUGAAGCGGGAGACCUGGAGACAGUGAGGAAAACUGUGUGGGAUAACCCGCGCUACCUGGUUAGCAGUGGCGAUACGCCGUCUAUACUGCAAGAAGGUUCCCGCUACAACGCACUGCACGUGUGCGCGCGCACCCAGCAGGCGGCCAUUUGUGCGUUUAUUCUGCAGACAGUGGGCAGUGUGGAGUUUGUGCGACUGCUCUACGGCUCAUCAACAUCCAAUCACACCAGCGACGCCGACGAACGAUGUCGCGUGCUUGUCGAUCUCUACCUCAAUACUCCUGACAAAGGCCACAACGAGACACCACUGCACUUUGCGGCAAAACAUGGCGCCGCCGAAGUGGUGGAAGUGUUGGUUGCGCAUGCGCAGUGCGACAAGACGCGUGUCAACAAGUACGGGCAGACGGCUAGCGAGAUAAUUUGCACAAGAAGUAACGACAAGUCAGAAGGGCUGAGUCGCAGAAUCCGCGCCCUGCUCGACGAGCACUACUUUGUUCCUGUCCUGAGGUCGAGUGAUCCCACCGUGGAACCAUCGAUUGGUCAGCCCUUUUCCCCAUCUAGUCCUUUGAAUCUGAGUGGAGACAUAAUGAGCCCUGUGAAGGAGAUCCAAGGUCUAGCAGGUCCAAUGCCACUGGAUGUUGCCAAAGCUUUCCGCAAAAAUUGGAAAACUCCGCCCAGAGAUCCCCAAUCUCCCCUGCGCAAAGUCAUUCAAGAUCCGAUGAAAGGUCUUGAAAAUAUUGGAAGGAGACUAGCACAAGACUGUAACAUACCGUGGAAGGAGUAUUGGCCUUUUCUGGAUAUGUUUGCCGACUUCCAUAGUCAGGAAGGUCUCAAUCUUCUAGAAAAUUAUCUGGCGGAUAGAAUCUCGAUAGCAGACGGAAUAAGCAUUCACAACCGAUCCAAUCGUGAGAAGAGCAGCCAAUGCAGUACACCCGCUUCUAAACCGUCGCAAUCGCUGUUCAAUAAUCACGUGAUUAACAAUAACAAUAACUACAACAACUCCACGCCCAACUGUAGACUGUCGUCCGACAACUGUAGCGGCAACAAAAUGUCACGCGAUCCUCUGACGAGCGACAAGUUUGUCUGCGAGAAAAUGUCGCCGAACGACGGCAGCGACAGGAGUAGCGUGCUGUCGCCGAUGUCCGAGCUGUGUGUCGCGAUGAAAUCGUGUCGCCUGACGGAGAAUAGUCGCGCGGCCAGUCGCCAAGCGUCGCCGCUUAUAUCUGAUAUGGCGGCCGGGGCGACUGCUGCCCAACAAAUUGGCAACUGUGGGUUGUCGCCGAGGGUGGACUGUGAGUCGCCUGUGCCACCUCCUCUCAGUGUGCAUUUAUGUAUCGAGAAGUCGUGUCAGGUGUUCGCGAAACGCAUAAUAGACAACCUGUUGAUGUGCUCGUCGAGUGGGGCGGAGAUGCUGGCCUCGGAGGCGACACAUAUGCACACACUCAUCUCCAGCUUCCUGGUGGACGACCGGUUCGCCGCAGUCAACUUCGCACACCUGCACGACCGCAUCGCCAAAUGCAUCCUGCACAAAUUGGAUGCCUCCGACCUGCCCGAAUUCAACAGUGCUGUCAGAGCUGUUCGAUUGAAACAAAUGGAAGAAAGCGAGUCCUCGUCAUCGGAAGAUGAGUCGGCGCUGAUGUCAACUCCCUACCGCAGUGCAUCGCGACGCCUCUUCUCGGCCGCUGCCGCGUCUCGCAAGCGCAAGAUGCGUGAUCACGUGGUCUGCCUCACUAGCACCAUACUGGCCUGUCUCACUGAGGAGGAGCGGAGGAGGGGAACUGCUGAGAUGGGGGAGGAGGGAGAAGAAGGCGAAGGAGGUGUAGGAGCAGGAGGAGGUCAACUGCCGUCAACUGAGGAGGAAUGCAGCAUUGCCUGGCAGUCAGCUGUGCCCUGCCUGUGCAACUGGACUGUCACCGACAGCAAGCGACUGUCCUGGCGCAAUCGCUCCUUCUUCAACAAUAUGGACGCCAGGCGAGAGUGUCGCUGUAGCGAAGGUGACACCAACAGUGUACCAGAAUCGAACAAUGGUCUUUCAAAAACAAGUUCUGAUGAUGAUUCAGAUAAUUCUGAUGCUGAAAACAGGGAAUUUUACACCCCACCAUCUUCCCCAGGAAGUUCAAGACUUGUGACGUCAGACGAAGAUAUGAGCAUGGAGAGCCCUGAUGAAGGACCUGACAUAUUUAUAUACAGUGAUGGACCCACCUAUUUGGAUAAGGCAGUUUACGAAGCCAUAGAUCGUGAUAAGUUGGAUUCGAGCAAAUAUCCAUUCAUCUGCAGAUGGGUGCACUUCAUAUCGCUCUUCUCCAACGAGACCAGAGAAAGGUGGGGCCAACCCAAGCGCUCCCCCAACGGACAGCAUCCUUACAUCAAUUCCCCAUCAUCGAUGAACUCGUCGUUCGACAGCUACUCGCCCUGCAGAGCGACAAACCUCCGCACUAUAAGAAAGCCAGCAGCCAACUUUGCCAGCAAACGCCUCCUCUUCUGACACAUUCUUCCAGAAAACCCCACCCUGCCACUGCCCUGCUGUCAAUUGUCAACAAUUUGUGUCUAAAUUGUUAAAUCGAUGUUUUCCAUUCGUGUUGAUGGUCCAAUCUAUUCCAUAUUAACAUUUAACAUUUCCUACCAUUAUCUGUAUCGAUGUCCUCUUCCUAAAACAGAGAUGUAUAUUUUUUUACUGCUGAGACUAGAAUUGUAAUAAUGUAAGUAUUGUUAGAUGUUAGGAUUUGUAUGUCGAAAGUAAUGAUUUUGAUUCGUUGGCGAAUCUCAACUAGAACAAAAUAAUGUGAUGUAACUUAUUAAUGUGUAGCUACUUUGAUACCAAAUGAAAUUUAAAUAAAUAUUGUUA